AUGGCAGCUUCCAUCAUGCUCUCCACUUGCCUUAAGGGCUCCUUGAAGUUCCCCAGGGGGACCCCCCGAAGAGUUUCUAUGGCUUUCUUGUGGAAUAUGCGAAAAGCGGCAUGGUGGAUUCUUCAACCUGGCCGCGGCUAUGUUGGGGGGUAUCCGAAUAAGGGAUGCUCGAGAGGGCCCCCCAUUUCGAACAGUCCGAGCGCAGCAGCCCUGUACACUACAGCGGUGGGAUCAGACACUCACGAAGAGCUGCAGGGGGCCCCUGGGGAUGACAGACCCCCCAGUUGUUGCUGCUACUGUUGGUCAUGCGCUGUCCCAGACUCCUUGAGUGACCCCCCGGAGCUGCUUGCUAGUGGAGGGCCCUCUCGUCUCCUCACCUCCCCCCGGAUAUCCGCUGAAGCUAAAAACCACUCGGCGGCUCCCAGGAUGCUUUCCGGUAGAGCUGCACAGGCAGUUGGGCCCCCUGCAGUGGAUAUAAUGCUUCUUGUGAGUGCAGCAGAGAGAGCAGCAGCAAGAGGUUGCAGCAGCUGUCCCUAUUUCUGGGGCCAAACAGCAGCAGCAGCUGCUGCUGCUUCCUUCAACUUCACAUGGGGAUUCGAGUUUCCUCUGGUGGGACUCCCCCCACCCCACAUUGCGCUUCCUUUGGUGCGACCCUUGCUAAGAACUAAUAUCCGACUCUCCACUGCGAUUGGAGCUCUCGCUGAUGAGCUCGGCGCCUCUCCAUCCUAUAAUCGCUCUCGAACUCCUGCUGCCUAUGCUUUCCAGUCCCAUGCAGAUGGAUGCAAUGAGCCUGGACUCCUAUUUAAAGGCAGUGGUGACCCCACAGUCCACCAGAGUGGGCCCCUUGUGGAAAUGCUACAACUUAGCCACAGGACGCUCUCUGCUCUUCUCGCAGCCUUGCGGUGCGCUCUUAGGGGCCCCAGUAGGCAUGGAGGAUGCCUCUAUACGGGGUUGAGGGGGGCCCCUUUCUCAGUCAGAGAACUCGUCGCCGUGGCAGGGGGGUUUGAGGACCUCAGAAAGGGCCUGCUCCUUCUAUGUGAUAUGAGAGCAGCACAGGGACCCGAGACGCACUGCCUGGAGGGGCCUCCAAAGGCCCCUCCUGCUGCCUGUGAAGGCCGUGACUCGAGCAAAAGCUUAGGUGGCAGCGGUGACGAGAACUGCAAGGAGGACUGUCUCCAUACAGGGGCCUCCCCCUGUAUGCCAGAAUGGGGUCUCCAAUUGCGAGGCAUAUAUCAAGAGGUGGUUGGUGCUGUGUUGUUGCUGUCCUUGGGGGACCCGCAGAGGCCCCGUUUGCCUCCAGAAGCUCUUACAGGAUCCUUAUGGGAGGCCUUGAACCGUGUUUGUUGGGUGGGCAGGGGAGGGGCCCCCACAGGCCUGGUGAAAGCGCGUUCCCUCCUUUUAGGAGGACGAAUAUCUCUCCAGGGCCUGCUUCAGCUUCUCGCUGCUUUUAAGGGGCCUACAGAGGGUCUGAUGGCAGGGGCGUUUUCAGAGGAGAAGUGUCUCCAUGGAAGGCCUCCCAUUCCACACCUGGGAACUCCUCUGGCGCUAGUCCAUCUGCUAGAGAAGCAAAUAUGGGAGUCUCAAGGAGAUUGGGGAGCUCCUGUAAGGGCCCCCAUUAUCCGGCAAACGGGCUGUUUUGGCUCUUCUGCUGAGGUGCAGCAGCAGCAGGAGGAUGCGGAAGAAGGGGUUGAAGUAGAACGCCUUGUGUUUGCUGCUUCAGUCCUUGCAGGGGCUCGCGCCGCGGGGGGCCCCGCCAAGGGUCCUCAAGGUCCUUUUUUCCUAGGUUUAUCUCUAGUGUCUGACGCCCUUCUGCAGCGUCGGGAAGCCCUGCUGUCAACAGUUCCCGAGUUCCUGAUGGGGCCCCCAAGAAUUGCACCCACUGCCUGUGUAAAAGACCCUAACGAGAGGCCUCAGAAGGCCUCCACGAGAUACCGCGUGCCAGACCCCCUCCAGAAUCCCCCGCAGCAGCUCUUCGGGGAGGAAGUAUUGGCGGUUCUGCCAGGGGCCCAUAUGGGACGUCCGGGGGCCCCAACACCGGCAGCAGUGGCUUUGUUGCCGCUGGUGCUGCUGCGGGCUUUUGUUGCGGGGAAGUUUAGCCACAGUGGUCUUCUUUCUGGCAUAUGUUAUGGUCUCAUCAUGCCGCUGGGGAGCGCUCAAGCUGUGCAAGGCCUUGGAAGGGUUGAGCUAGAUGGCCUAGGAUGCAAUUGUUCUCCGCCCCGAAAGGGGUCUCCAGCAACUGCUGACGAAGAGGGCGUCCCUACCAAGGGGGGGCUCAACGUCUCGUGCCUGUUGGAUUUGUGGCCUUCUGCUGGCAUCUGCGAACUCGCAGGGGCCCUGAGGCAGCUGGAGGCGGCAGCUCCUCCCUUCUUUCGCUUCGUGUUUGCCCAUUAUUCGCCACCUGGGAGCUCCUGGGGUGCCUUCCAGAAGUCGUCCAAGAGUGACUUUCCUGUUUCGGCGCGACAAGCUGCUGCAGCGGCAGCGCAGAGGUCCAUGGCAAGCAUUGCAGCAGCAGAUGGGGCUCUGGAUCCGCUUGAAAUAGAAGAGGGCCGUUUAUCGGGGGCCCUUUUAGAAUCAUGGGAAUCCCGUUAUGUGGGUUGGAUGCUGCAUUCUCCAAAGCGUCAGCGGCGCUUGGUGCGCUUUAUGCUGCAACAGGAGGGAAUCGCCAGAGGGCGAGAUCCAGCGGUCGCCAACCGGGCCCCCCGCGCGUAUAUAAGGGACUUUUCUCGUUGCAGCAGACGGCAGCUGCUGCAGCUGCUGCUUGCCGCAGCAACGUCAGGGGCUCCCCCACCAGCUCCCAGAUGGCUUGGCCACCUGACAGCUAUGGUAGGCACCCCGAGAACAGAAUCUUGGAUGGGGACUGGAACAACAUCAGAGAGGAGAGACUCAGCAUCAACAGCAGCGACAGAUGCUGGGGAAAGCAAUGAGGUCCCUGCGGAAAAUCUUGAUGCUUUGGCGUUGUGUCUCCCAUAUUUUCCCCCUCUGUCAGCUCUACCGGCCGUUUGGGGCCCUUCAGUGGGGUGGAACUUCCUUGAAGGUAGUGUGAAGGCAUCGACCAAAGGCAAGCCCUGUUGGGGGUCUGCUCCAAUGUCAAGCGGAGGUCUCCCCAGGUCGCAGCUAGACGGGCUGUCUGUCUUAGCCCUCCCCAGUCUCCUUUUGGGGCUGCUUUUGCAUGCACCGCCCCCACAGCAGCUGCAGCAGGGGAGUGUCGUCAAAGAAGAGAGCUGUUGCACCAAUAGAGGGUGCGGUGGAGGCCCUGUGCACUGGCGGGCUCUGGGGGCCCUUGCAAGGGCUUUAGAAGCCACGGCAGCAGGCCUCAUGUCCUUAUGGGAGCAUCAAUUUGCACCUCCCAACCUGAGAGGAGGCACUCUUUCAGCCUUCUUUGACGUUCGUAGUAGCCAUGGGAAUAUCCCUCCAAAAGACGUCACUGCAAGGAGGGCUACUAGAGAGCCCCUCAUACCACCUUCUGUCACGGGAGCUGGUGCUGCCCGUCUGUGUAGGCAGACCCUUACUGCCUCCUUAAGCUUGUGCUACCUGCUCAGGGCUCUCCCUGUAAGUGCUGUAGCAGAGUCGACGGCGGCAGCUGCUGGCUCUCUACCCGAGCAGGAUUCACAGCAGCAGCAAGAGCAGCAGCAGCAAGGAUCCGUAGGCCGUCGCCGGACUUGGUUAUUGCAGCAUAGAAAACCCAUUGGGGUAUGCCUUCCCAUUCACCGUUUCCUCGGCUUGCUGCCGCUCAACUCGCUAAGACAUCUGCUGGUCUUGCUCUUGCUGUCCACAAGCCCUUCGCUAUGGGGAGCUGCUGGUGGGCCUCAGGUGCAGCCAAUAGAGGCUUUCCUUGCACGGCUGGAGCAGCAGCGGCUGCUGCUCCAGCAUGAGGGUCAGCUUCUGCUGUCAGAGGAAGGACAACAGAGUACAGCAGCACAAGCGGAAGCAGCAGGUUCCCAGCAGCGCCAGCGACUGGCGCUACUGUCACACCUUGAAGCCGCCCUUGAGGGUCCACAGCAGUUUAAGUUCAUUGGAGGCAGUCCCUCAAUUUCUCAGUUCCAACGCGAGGUAGCAGCUGCGCUGGAAGACCUUAGUGACUCUCUGGGAGUGUCCCACACGGGGCUUCUGGGGACCCCUCGGGGUUUUACACUGCAAAAGGAAGUCCCCGUAGGCCCGUACUUUAUUGACCUUUUGUUAGCACCCCCAUCGGAGGAGGCCAGCGCUGGAGGCCUCUAA